CGAUAAGCUAUCAGGCGUGGGUGAGAUGAAGCAGCUGCUGUGAUGUAUUUCAACUGCUGCGUUAGGCCUGCAAGCAAGCAAUCUGCAUGUGUGUGAAGGCGCCAUUAUCAACCCGGGACAUGUCUCCAUUAUUCUUCAUUUUGUCAUUAUUACAAUGUUUAUAUCUUCUACACGGACUAAACCAUACAGCCUGCUACAAUUCCGAGUUAAUCAUUGAUUCCCCUCUCUGUGGAAAUAGUGGGAAUCUUGCACCGAAGAAGUUCCUGCUUGGGCAAUUGUCCCCAAAUAGCACAUGUCGCACAAGACUCAGCGGACAACGGGACUAUCAUAUUGUCCGUGACUGUUGCAAAUUCCACGGCGGGGAUACCGUCAUCGAGGAGGUGUGUAUUCCAGGACAGAAAAUGCGGUUGUCAAGUCCCCUGUCUCACAUGGCAAGGUACUGUAGUCGUGGACAUCGCUGUGAUUCCGGGAAGCGGUUGACGAGCAAGGAACUACAUUCAGGAGACUAUGUGUCUCUGGAAUAUGACUGUGUACAUGUAAAAGAAGAAAUCCAUUUUAAUUCCGAUGAGGUGCUUAAUGGAAGAAAGGUUUACCUGAUAAGCGAUCAGAAGGAUGGAAGUGUCCGAGAUGCUAAAUGUGCUGCCUACAAAACAAAUCCCCGGUCAUCCAUCAUCGUCACUCUCGUAGACAACAUUGUUUCCUCGGGAGCGUGUACAGUCUCCUUCGCUAGUUCAAUGUAUGGGAGUACAAAUAUUAAUUGUGCCAAAACAGAGAUUGUGAAUGGUUGCAAUAACGUGCUGUAUAGCAGCAACACCAGCAGGGUAGAUAUUAAUCUGACCAUGACAGUUAUUGCUGACGGCAGUGAUCGCCAGUUUUUGUGGAUGGUUGUUACAGCUUCUGAUGGAGGUAACCUGACAGUGGCUUGUGGGACGAAGAUACCACCGGAUGAUUACACAACAGCCUCAGCAACACAGUCCACAAGAAGCCGCCUGACGACUCAAAAGAGUUCACCUAAUUACACGACUACGUCUUACUCAAAAUCGACAUCAGAUUAUCCUGCUACUAUCAGGGCAACAAAUAGCAGGGGGAUUUCAAAAUCAUCGACUUUGUCCACCUCCGCUAUAGCUACUGGGUUAACGAUCCCACAUUCAAUCUCAGGGUCUGGAGGAAGCACGAAAAUACAUUUGAGCAAAACAAACUCCAUGUCUCAUUCAUCUACUGGCUUACAAUUGACCAUGUCUUCCUCACCUUUACUCACAACGUUUGGUAGAAUACAGGCUUCAAGUACAACAUCAACCUCAUUAUCUACAAACAUGCCAUCUUCACUUCCACCAACGUCUUCGCAAUCACAUUCCACAACAGAAACAUUUUCCCCUUCCCUGACACAUUCGACCACAGGAGGUCGACUACAGUCUUCCAGACACACAUCAUACUCGACUCGUCCCACUCAAGGGCAAUCUUUAUCUUCGUUUAACGCGUUAUCGUCUUCAAACGUUACACUAUUUCGUCUCAUAAAAACAACAAAACCAUCUUUACAUCCACUGACAGUGUCGAUCGCGGGAGGCUCUGAAACUGCCCAUACAUCGACAACGUCAACGAGUGCAUCAACCUCAACAAAAUCUUGGCAAAGAUUGUCGUCAACUACAGUGACAUCCAAGCCACCUGUUGAUGAAACAACACGGGACACAAUAGACACAGAAGGAAAAGGCUCAUCUUCUCCAACUGUGUCAACGAUUGGAAGGAUGCAGUCAUCCAAAGCCACAUCCGUUUCCUCGGAAACCGGGCAGGAAACAUCCUCAUCCACAACAACGCCUAUGCCAUCAACACAGGGUGGAAUACAGCACUCGACAACCACAUCUUCAUCUUCCAUCACUGACAACGGCAAGCCCUCCAACAUCUCUACUCACACUUCAGCAACCCAACAUAUGCUAACAGCUUUAAUGUUCGGUGCAUCAACCUCAACAAAAUCUUGGCAAAGAUUGUCGUCAACUACAGUGACAUCCAAGCCACCACCUGUUGAUGAAACAACACGGGACACAAUGUCGAUCGCGGGAGGCUCUGAAACUGCCCAUACAUUGACAACGUCAACGAGUGGAAGAUUAAGGUUUACAAACAUCACAUCAUUCUCACCAGUAGACACAGAAGGAAAAGGCUCAUCUUCCACAACUGUGUCAACGAUUGGAAGGAUGCAGUCCUCCAAAGCCACAUCCGUUUCCUCGGAAACCGGGCAGGAAACAUCCUCAUCCACAACAACGCCUAUGCCAUCAACACAGGGUGGAAUACAGCACUCGACAACCACAUCUUCAUCUUCCAUCACUGACAACGGCAAGCCCUCCAACAUCUCUACUCACACUUCAGCAACCCAACAUAUGCUAACAGCUUUAAUGUUCGGUGCAUCAACCUCAACAAAAUCUUGGCAAAGAUUGUCGUCAACUACAGUGACAUCCAAGCCACCUGUUGAUGAAACAACACGGGACACAAUAGACACAGAAGGAAAAGGCUCAUCUUCUCCAACUGUGUCAACGAUUGGAAGGAUGCAGUCAUCCAAAGCCACAUCCGUUUCCUCGGAAACCGGGCAGGAAACAUCCUCAUCCACAACAACGCCUAUGCCAUCAACACAGGGUGGAAUACAGCACUCGACAACCACAUCUUCAUCUUCCAUCACUGACAACGGCAAGCCCUCCAACAUCUCUACUCACACUUUAGCAACCCAACAUAUGCUAACAGCUUUAAUGUUCGGUGCAUCAACCUCAACAAAAUCUUGGCAAAGAUUGUCGUCAACUACAGUGACAUCCAAGCCACCACCUGUUGAUGAAACAACACGGGACACAAUAGACACAGAAGGAAAAGGUUCAUCUUCCACAACUGUGUCAACGAUUGGAAGGAUGCAGUCCUCCAAAGCCACAUCCGUUUCCUCGGAAACCGGGCAGGAAACAUCCUCAUCCACAACAACGCCUAUGCCAUCAACACAGGGUGGAAUACAGCACUCGACAACCACAUCUUCAUCUUCCAUCACUGACAACGGUAAGCCCUCCAACAUCUCUACUCACACUUCAGCAACCCAACAUAUGCUAACAGCUUUAAUGUUCGGUGCAUCAACCUCAACAAAAUCUUGGCAAAGAUUGUCGUCAACUACAGUGACAUCCAAGCCACCACCUGUCGAUGAAACAACACGGGACACAAUGUCGAUCGCGGGAGGCUCUGAAACUGCCCAUACACCGACAACGUCAACGAGUGGGAGGUUAAGGUUUACAAACAUCACAUCAUUCUCACCAGUAGACACAGAAGGAAAAGGUUCAUCUUCCACAACUGUGUCAACGAUUGGAAGGAUGCAGUCCUCCAAAGCCACAUCCGUUUCCUCGGAAACCGGGCAGGAAACAUCCUCAUCCACAACAACGCCUAUGCCAUCAACACAGGGUGGAAUACAGCACUCGACAACCACAUCUUCAUCUUCCAUCACUGACAACGGCAAGCCCUCCAACAUCUCUACUCACACUUCAGCAACCCAACAUAUGCUAACAGCUUUAAUGUUCGGUGCAUCAACCUCAACAAAAUCUUGGCAAAGAUUGUCGUCAACUACAGUGACAUCCAAGCCACCACCUGUUGAUGAAACAACACGGGACACAAUGUCGAUCGCGGGAGGCUCUAAAACUGCCCAUACACCGACAACGUCAACGAGUGGGAGGUUAAGGUUUACAAACAUCACAUCAUUCUCACCAGUAGACACAGAAGGAAAAGGCUCAUCUUCCACAACUGUGUCAACGAUUGGAAGGAUGCAGUCAUCCAAAGCCACAUCCGUUUCCUCGGAAACCGGGCAGGAAACAUCCUCAUCCACAACAACGCCUAUGCCAUCAACACAGGGUGGAAUACAGCACUCGACAACCACAUCUUCAUCUUCCAUCACUGACAACGGCAAGCCCUCCAACAUCUCUACUCACACUUCAGCAACCCAACAUAUGCUAACAGCUUUAAUGUUCGGUGCAUCAACCUCAACAAAAUCUUGGCAAAGAUUGUCGUCAACUACAGUGACAUCCAAGCCACCACCUGUUGAUGAAACAACACGGGACACAAUGUCGAUCGCGGGAGGCUCUGGAACUGCCCAUACAUCGACAACGUCAACGAGUGGGAGGUUAAGGUUUACAAACAUCACAUCAUUCUCACCAGUAGACACAGAAGGAAAAGGCUCAUCUUCCACAACUAUGUCAACGAUUGGAAGGAUGCAGUCCUCCAAAGCCACAUCCGUUUCCUCGGAAACCGGGCAGGAAACAUCCUCAUCCACAACAACGCCUAUGCCAUCGACACAGGGUGGAAUACAGCACUCGACAACCACAUCUUCAUCUUCCAUCACUGACAACGGCAAGCCCUCCAACAUCUCUGCUCACACUUCAGCAACCCAACAUAUGCUAACAGCUUUAAUGUUCGGUGCAUCAACCUCAACAAAAUCUUGGCAAAGAUUGUCGUCAACUACAGUGACAUCCAAGCCACCACCUGUUGAUGAAACAACACGGGACACAAUAGACACAGAAGGAAAAGGUUCAUCUUCCACAACUGUGUCAACGAUUGGAAGGAUGCAGUCCUCCAAAGCCACAUCCGUUUCCUCGGAAACCGGGCAGGAAACAUCCUCAUCCACAACAACGCCUAUGCCAUCAACACAGGGUGGAAUACAGCACUCGACAACCACAUCUUCAUCUUCCAUCACUGACAACGGCAAGCCCUCCAACAUCUCUACUCACACUUCAGCAACCCAACAUAUGCUAACAGCUUUAAUGUUCGGUGCAUCAACCUCAACAAAAUCUUGGCAAAGAUUGUCGUCAACUACAGUGAAAUCCAGUCAACCACCUGUUGAUGAAACAACACGGGACACAAUAGACACAGAAGGAAAAGGUUCAUCUUCCACAACUGUGUCAACGAUUGGAAGGAUGCAGUCCUCCAAAGCCACAUCCGUUUCCUCGGAAACCGGGCAGGAAACAUCCUCAUCCACAACAACGCCUAUGCCAUCAACACAGGGUGGAAUACAGCACUCGACAACCACAUCUUCAUCUUCCAUCACUGACAACGGCAAGCCCUCCAACAUCUCUACUCACACUUCAGCAACCCAACAUAUGCUAACAGCUUUAAUGUUCGGUGCAUCAACCUCAACAAAAUCUUGGCAAAGAUUGUCGUCAACUACAGUGAAAUCCAGUCAACCACCUGUUGAUGAAACAACACGGGACACAAGAAAAUCAGACAACACUGAUGACAAGGUUGCCUUUAUACUGGAGGUGAUCACAAGCUUGACGGGAGCAGCCCUCCUCCUUCUGAUGGUGAUCACUACAGCAAUGUGCUUGUGCUACAACAAAAGGAUGCACGAGCUGCAACGGAAUUCUCGAAAAAGGAAGAAACUGUCAGGAACCAACGUAUCUGCAUUGGAAUUAAAGAGGAACUCUGUUGUAUCAUUAGAAUCUGGAUAUGAUUCCAUUUCAGCGUUGCGCUGAGGUGGCUGUUCAGUUCAUAUGACAAUUUAUCUGUAGUCAGCUUGUAGUGUAUAGUGAAAGGGUUGCCUUACAGAAAUAAACGCUGUCUUGGGAGUUAUAUCAGUUAUCAGACAUCACCACUUUUCGUAAACCCAAAGAAGAAACCUAAAAAGGUCUGGAACGUAUAAACUUGCCCCGCAUGUAACUAUUAUUAAGUCACACUGUUCAUUGUGAUGUAGAAUGUAAGACGUCGCCGUCGGAUAUUGCAAAGCGCCAAAUUUAAGUUCUGUUGUUGCUCAAAAUUGACAUACACUCUCCCGUUCCAUUGUUUUCUGCUGAAUAUGCUUUAAAUAUUGUAGUAAUUGCAACUUUGCAAUGUGUCACCUGUACUAGUACAUACCAUUAUUCAAAAUGACAACCGUCAAUGACUGAGAAAUUAGCUGCUUCAUUCAGAAGUCAUUAUUUCGAUUUGAAACCUGAGUACCUGUAUUUUCAAAGCUGUGAUAGAAAAUGCUUUAUCGUGCUGGUUUCUCUUUGUUCUCCAUGCGACUGUGCGAGCUUGUUAAAUCACGAUAAUAGCCAACGUGCAUGUUGAUUAUAUACUUGUGCAGUGUGUCAUUCAGUGUCUUUCUGUAAUCAAAAUAACAUGUUUUACCGGUACGCGAUGGAACAACAGGAAAAUAUACAACCUCUGGCAAAGAUGUACAUCCAACACUUUAGACGUUCAAUUGUAAGAGACACAUAAGUAUUCAUGUACCCAGAAAAGUGAUGAUGUUUGAUUUCAUUUUUAUGCUCACAUGUAACAAAUUAUGGUCAAAUCAGAAAAAUAGACAAGACCAGGAAAUGCCCAGACUUGCCAUCAUUGCAUCUGUUCUUACAUGCUAUUGCGUGCAGAAGGCUAAAAGCUGCGUAAAACCAUACGCGCUCUCUCACCUGUUAUUGUUAUUGGGUUUUAUGAAGGCGUUAUCAUGAUAAUUUCAAACAUUAUGUUAUAACAACAAUAGUACUGAAGAAUGUAAUACGUAUACGAAAGUGUUCGUGGGAUCGAUCCUUUGAUUCUUUGGAGUAUCGGCUGUGAUGAAGAUUAUCUGAAUACAAUCUUACAGUUUCCAUCCCAUCUUCAAAUGCCUCUCCUCCCACCCAGAACCGAACAUGUGUUUUUUUAACAGAAGUGUCGGUCUUAAACCAGAGAAGAUCACUGGGGAGCAACUGGCGAACUAAAACACGCCAAGUAAAUAUAAAACAAUAACGUAUAGUAUGGAAGGUCUUCGGAUUUUGACAUUGUACCUCUCGCACAUCCCUAGCACCAGGACCAAACAAGAAGGGGUGUUCCAUGGUCCGGGCAAAUUAGCUCGCCUACUUGGGGUGCACUUCUCCCUUCUUGGGUAACAGUGUAUGUUUAAAUUAUUUUCUUAUAUAUAUUCGGAAAACAAUAAGACAAAAGUCGCAUGAUCACACGGGGAAAGUGAACGUACUGACGAAAGCGAACCGCCGGUGAUCUCGUGUAAUGGUUUUCAGAUGAGUCCAAAUUCACUCUGACCUUUCUGUACAGGCAUGGACGUGUCUGAAACGUCAACGUCAACGCAAGACAACACGACGAAUUUAGGGGUGGGUCUGUAACGAUAUGUACGAUAGCGCUCGUGCUCACCGUGCAUGUAUCGUAACUAUAUCCAGUAGCAUAACGUCAUUAGACUUAAAUGAACAGCAUGAAAACCUUUCCCAUUUAGCACAUCUGGGAUAUGAUCGGGAGAACAGUACCCAGAAAUCAAAGGCUAUCCGCUACGUAAGCCCGCAUGGGCCAUGCGUUGCUAGAGGAGUCGGAAGGACUCCCUUAAAUUGUCAUUGUCAAAUAAUCCAUUGCCCCCUCAGAUUAGGAUGCAGAGAUUUAAAUGCACACAAAUAUCAGACAUAUUCAUGAUUCUACUACCUGCUCCUGUGGAUAUCAUUAUGAGGAUCUUACACAUUACUUCCUUUCAUGUUGCAACUACUGUAAUCUUCGGAACAAUAUGUACUACUAUAUAAAGGGAUACGACUUGGAUUCAGUAUCAUAUGGAAAUGCUACAACAACUACUGAUACUCACCUAAAUAUUGUACAAUCUGUCCAUUUGUUCAUUGCAAAAUCAAAAAGAUUUAAAAUCUAAAUAUGUCUUCAUAACGAUUACAUCGAUCAAAUAGUUGUUUGUAUGUGUGAUAUGCUGGUAUGCUGUUUGUUUUUGUACCGAUAUAUGUAUGCGUGUAUUUGUGUGUUUGUGUGUGACUUGUAUAUCAUCAUAAUAUUUGCAAAAGUAGGCACAAUCAAUCUAAAUUUAUUAUUUUAUGUACAGCUUACUCUUAUUAAUUGUUAAAUGUUCUUUGUAGGAAGAGGUGUUAAAAUAGGUUGAACAUGUUCACCAAUCCCAUUCCUUUUUCUUUGAAAUAAAUAUUGUUUGAAUCAAA